UGCUUCAAGUAUUUUAUAUUCAAAAUUGAAUCAUACAGGAAUUCCAAUAAAACUAUAUAUUUGACCAUAAUUUUGUAUUUCAAUUAUAGUGGCAACAAUGGUGUUGAACGAGAAAUUGUUACUAAUUUGAAGAUUAUGUUGGACGAGUGUAAUCCAAUUGCUAAAGCAUUUAGAAUGGCAAAGGAUGUGUUGAAGGCUAACUCUUUUUUAGAUUUGAAGCUUAAACUUAUUUUUGAUAGACCCGAUGAAGGUCGUGUGUAUAAUAGACCCACGGUUUCAGAAGUUGCUGCACUUAUCGUUGGGGAUAUUGAUUCUUGAACUCAAAGAGACAUUAUUAUCCAGGCACGGGAUGGUCAUUUGCAAAGAAUUGAUGAACUGCACCCGAAUUACCUAUCAUACCAAUAUCCAUUGAUUUUUUGCUAUGGAGAAGAUGGUUACAGGGAUAAUAUACUUCACAAGUAUAAAAAUGACGCACAGGUUACCCGGAAAAAUCGCCAAACCAUCAAAGAUUGGCUUUGUUUUCGAUUACAAGAACGCAAAAUUGAAGCUAAAACUUUGAUGUGGUCCAGAAGACUUUUUCAACAGUUUUUAGUUGAUGGUUAUUCUAUGAUGGAAUCAGAUCGUCUGAAUUGGUUGAGAAAAAAUCAGUCUAAGUUAAGAGUUGGCAAAUAUAAUAGGUUACAGGACCAAUGCGACAGUACUCGACAGAGGAACACUGGAACGAAUGGAAAACGAAUUGUCUUGCCUUCUUCAUUUGUUGGGAGCAGGAGAUACAUGGAUCAACUUUAUUUUGAUGGUAUGGCCAUCUCAAGUAAAAUUGGAUUCCCAGAUUUAUUCGUUACAUUUACGUGCAAUCCUAAUUGGCCUGAAAUCACACGUUUGUUGUCCACAAAAAAUUUAAAGCCUCAUGAUCGACCGGACAUCGUUUCUAAAGUAUUCAAGAUCAAGUUUGAUGAGCUCAUGGUGGAUAUAACAAAACGACAUCUUCUUGGAAGGGUAUUAGCAUUUAUGUAUACCAUUGAGUUUCAAAAACGAGGCUUGCCACAUGCUCACAUUUUAAUAUUUUUGCACCCACAGCGCAAAUACCCGACGCCAUCAAACAUUGAUAACAUAAUAUGUGCAGAAAUACCUGACCCUCAAGUACAUCCUAUUUUGUACAACUUAGUCAAGGCACAUAUGAUGCAUGGUCCGUGUGGUCUUUCACGUCCAACCUCGCAAUGUAUGAAGAAUAGGCAGUGCUCAAAAUUCUUUCCCAAAAAGUUCAUAGAGGAAACAUCUCUUGAUAGUCAAGGUUUUCCUCUAUACCGGAGAAGAUCCAACACACAUGUCAUUCAGAAAAAUGGAAUUGAUUUGGAUAAUAGGUAUGUUGUACCGUAUAAUACACGGUUGCUAUUGAAAUAUCAUGCUCAUAUCAAUAUGGAGUGGUGUAACCAAAGUUCUUCUAUCAAAUAUCUUUUCAAAUACAUACACAAGGGGUAUGACCGAAUCACAGCAAGUGUUAUUCGUUCAAAUCCUAGCUCUACGAGUAAUGACGAAACAGUUGAUGAGAUUAAACAAUAUCUUGACUGUAGAUAUGUAUCUCCAAGUGAAGCGUGUUGGCGUAUUUUUUCCUACAAUAUACAUGGACGCAAACCUUCCGUUGAACGCGUGUUCUUUCAUCUGAUUGGGGAGAAAGCUAUCUACUACACUGACCAUGAAAGAAUGGAAAAUGUUAUAGAAAAAGCGAGUGUAACAGAGUCGAUGUUUUCAUCAUGGCUGGUUGCUAAUGAGAAAUAUGAAGAAGCUCGAUUGUUGACGUACGGUGAAUUUGUAACCAAAUUUGUUUAUGAAAAAAGGAAGAGAUUGUGGAAGCCGCGUAAGAGAGGGUUCACCAUAGGGCAUUUGGUCUGGGUCCCCCCUACAACUGGUGAACUUUACUACCUCAGAAUGAUGUUGACAGUGGCCAAAGGACCUACAUGCUAUGAAGAUAUUCGAAAAGUUGGCGACACACAAUAUGAAUCGUUCAGGGAUGGAUGCUUUGCAAUGGGGUUCCUUGAAGACGAUCGAGAAUACAUUGGAGCUAUCAAAGAGGCAAGUGAAUGGGGAUCAGGUCAUUUUCUUCGAAAGUUGUUCGUUGUCAUGCUUUUGUCUGGUGCGGUUAACCGCCCUGGCCAUGUAUGGGAUGAGACAUGGAUUUUAUUAUCUGAUGGGAUAUUGCACGAACAAAGACAGAUAGCACAUAAUCCAGACUUGCUUUUGAGCGAUAACGACCUGCAGAAUUUGACAUUACUUGCACUUGAGAAUUUGCUUCAGGCCAAUCGCAGAAGCCUAUCUGAGUUCAAAUCAAUACCAAAUCCAAAUGGAUAUGUUAUUCAACAGUUGGGCAAUCGCCUCAUAUAUGAUGAGCGCAAUUAUGAUAUCUCGACCAUGAGAGCAGAAUUCAAUAAUCUGUUCAAUGCCCUUACAGACGAACAAAGGAGUAUAUACGAUAAAAUAAUUUAUGCGGUCAAUGCUCAAAAAGGAGGAGUUUUUUACCUACAUGGUUAUGGCGGAACAGGAAAGACGUACAUGUGGAGAACACUUGCGAGUGCUUUGCGAUCAAAACAUGACAUAUGUCUCACAGUUGCAACAAGCGGAAUAGCAGCUUUAUUGUUACCUGGCGGUAGAACAGCCCAUUCAAAAUUCAAAAUACCAGUUCCAACUUUUGAGAAUUCUACUUGCAAUGUUAACUACAACGACGACGUCGCAGAACUUCUAAGGCAAACAAAGCUGAUUAUUUGGGACGAGGCACCCAUGGCUCAUAAACAUGCUUUUGAAGCUCUUGACAAAACAUUAAAGGAUGUAAGGAAUACCUACGCCAAUUCGAAGGAUGUUUUUGGUGGAAAAGUUGUUGUUUUUGGAGGUGACUUCAGACAAAUUUUACCGGUGGUCCCUAGGGGUAGUCGUUCGGAUAUCGUACACUCUGCAAUAAAUGCUUCUUAUAUAUGGCAUUCUGUACAAGUGUUGAAUUUAACCAAGAACAUGCGUCUACAUUGUGGCCCAAGUGAGCAAGAAAGAAGGGAUAUUGCAAGCUUCUCAAAUUGGCUUUUGGAAAUAGGCGAAGGGAAACUAUCUGAACCAAAUGACGGAUUUGCAGAAAUCGACGUGCCUCCUGAACUUUUAAUAACUAAUUUUAGCGACCCUAUUUUAGCCAUUGUCAACAGUACUUACCCGGAUUUCAUAGAGAACUAUCAGUCAUACGACUACCUCAAAAGUCGAGCCAUACUUGCAUCAACACUGGAUGUUGUUGAUCAAAUCAAUGAUCAUGUUCUCAACAAUAUGCCAGGUGAAUUACGGGAUUACUACAGCUCAAACUCCGUAGAUCGAUCCCAAAUACAUGACAGCAAUUUCCUUGAUGUACUAAGUCCCGAGUUUCUCAGUUCUUUAACAACAUUCGGGUUGCCUAAUCAUCACAUUAAGUUAAAGGUCGGAACUCCAAUCAUGCUUAUGAGGAACAUUGAUCAAUCUGAAGGUUUGUGUAACGGUACAAGGCUUAUCGUUACAAAGAUGGGAAAUCACGUUAUUGAAGCAGCAAUGAUGGGUGGGAAAAGUAAUGGAAAAUUGAUUUACAUUCCCCGAAUGGAUAUGUCCCCGUCUGAUAGCCCUUGGCCUUUCAAAUUAAAUCGACGUCAAUUUCCAAUUAUUGUUUCGUAUGCUAUGACGAUAAACAAAUCGCAAGGAAAAUCAUUGGAUUGGGUGGGGCUUUAUAUCCCUAGGGAUGUUUUCACUCAUGGUCAGAUUUAUGUCGCACUUUCAAGAGUUACUACUAAAAGGGGGGUAAAAAUUUUGAUUCACGACGACAAAAUGAACGCCAAAUCUACUACGACUAACGUUGUUUAUAAAGAAGUUUUCCACAAUAUUUGAGCGGAAUAAACACAAUUUAAGUGUAUUAUGAGAUGGGAUGCUGUCCAGCCAGAAAAACAUGUUGAUCAUGACAGUGACUAUACUUCUAUGUUUUUGCAAUUUUGUACCCAUCUGUUCUUUUAAUAUGC